AUGGUUUCUGCAAAGCUAAUAUCCUCGGACAUGAUGGAGCUAACCUUUGCAAAAGAUCCAAGUAAGAAUAGAGAAAAGAAAAGGAAAGUUAUCAUGCCAAAAAUCAUUGCUUUACCAGGUUUGCGAUAUCCAGCCUCGAGCAUUAUGUUUCUCAACAUCCCAACAGUGUCUAAGCUCCAGUGGCAUCCUUUCACAGUGACCACCAACUCAAACGUGGACGACUACAAGAUCUCCGUGGUCAUCAAAUCCAAAGGAUCUUGGACAAAGAAGCUCAGGAACUACGUGACCAACCCCAAGAACUAUCACGUCGACGCGAUCAUCGAAGGCCCCUAUGGACACAGCUUAGACUAUCUGAUCGAUGGGAUCACACCCUUCAUCCCAAUUCUCAAGGAGGUGUUCGUCCAGAUCCAAACCGGCCAGAGAUCACUUCCGGAAAAGAUCGAGCUCAUCUGGACUUUACGAAACUCGGACGAGCUCAGUGUUUUAGAAUCAGUGUCACCCUGGUCGAUCUGUCCAGACUUUUCCUAUCUCCUCAAUCUCCAAAUCCACGCGUACCUCACAAGACAAGACGCCACGGACCUCAAGAACAAGCCAUCCAACUCUCACGAGACAAUCCUCUUCACAGGAACGCAAUACGAGAAGUACCUCACGCACAAGAAACCAAAGUUUAAGGCAGUCACAGGCACGCAAAGCUACGCUCUCCACGCAGCAGUGAUCCUGGCAAGUUUCGGAGGAUACUUACUUCUCUCGGGAGUGAUCCGGCGAUUCAUCGUGUUCCCGCUGGAUCACAACGUCUAUCACAUCUACAACAAGCCUUCCACGGGGACGAUCGCGCUGCUCGAGUACUUGGCGGCGGUGGUGGUGUUUGGAGGGAGCACGGCGGUGGCGUGGACGUGGUGGAAGGAGCGGAGGAUUGGAGCGGUGAUGGGGAUGAAAAUGGAGCUCCCAUUCGUGGUGGAGGAGGAUCCAGUGAUGCUCACGGAUGUGCAUUUUGGAUGCCGGCCAGACUAUCCAGGUGAGUGGAAGAAUUCUCACUCUUUUUCUUCUCGAUUGAUCACUUACGAGAGGAAUUUGUGGGAUUCCAGAGAUCUUCUUCGAGCACGCGAGGAGGCGGAGGAAGGGUGUGAGCGUCGGCGUGAUGGCUUGCGGGCCGCAGCAGCUCCAAGAGAGCGUGGCCGCGGAGUGUAA